GAAUUUUGGUGGCAUUUGGUGUACCUCUCCCCUAUUAUGAUUUACUAGUUCAACACGUACAUAAGCAGACUCCAAAAUAAGAAAAUGUCGAUUCGCGAGGGACUAGACUCCGUGGGACCCUCCCGACACCCGCAGAGGUGGUUCGGCCUCAUUGCGCUAUUCUUCAUUUGCUUCUGUUUCUUCUUCAACGCCAGGGAAUACUCCGACAGCUUCUCUCAGAAUUCCACAGACGCCCCAGAUGGCCAGUCCGUCCCGAUUCACCCAGCUCAUACGACGUUGUCUGGGCCACCGACGCAGCCGACCUCAGACGUGCAAGCUCCGCCAGAGGCCAAAAACCGCCGUCUCGUCGUGAUUGUGCCCGCUACCGACCCAAACCCGGAAAUCUGCAAGUUCAUCCUGACCGCUAUUGCUCUUGGCUACCCACGCCCCAUCAUCAUCAACUGGGGCCUGGAUUACCACUCCGUAUCGAAAUGGGAGCAUGGCAAAAGCCUUAUUAAGACAGUGGGGAUGGUGAGAUAUCUCGAUGCCGCCCUGCACCCAGACGCCCACCCUGACGAAAAGCUCGACGAGGAUGACCUCGUUCUUGUUUCCGAUGGCUCUGAUGUCUGGUUCCAAUUACCUCCCGAUGUUCUCAUCGCGCGCUUUCAUAGGAGCAUUGCGAGAGCCAAUGCCCGGUUGCGCGAGCAGUGGCGCGGCAACUCGCCUAUGCCGAUGCGGCAGACCAUCGUCACAGCAUGUGAGAAAAAGUGCUACCCAGACAUCUCGUCCGGCCAAAACCUACGCUGCCACCUUCUCCCAGAGAGUCCGCUCAGAGCCGACCUGUACGGCCCUGAGACUGACAAGAAUGAAACCCGCGAGCACGACUUUCGACCCCGGUUCAUCAACGGAGGUAGCUACAUGGGCCCGGCAGGUGACAUGAGACGCAUGUUUCGCCGUGCCCAAUCCAUACUGGACACCUAUAUCGGCACGGGCAUGAAAGUGCGAAGCGAGCAAGGCCUGGUGGGAGAGAUGUUUGGUGAGCAGGAGGUUUGGCGGCAGUGGAUGAGGAAGCAAAAUUCAGCAAAUGAUGAGGUCCUGGCGAUGACGCACCAGACCUACGAGUACCAUGUCGGGCCGGACUAUUAUCAGGAGCUGUCCAUCCCUACCUCAAGGGCCCACGAUGACGGGGUGUUUAUCAAACUAAACAACCAAACCGAGAUUGCGGCGCAGUCGGCAGAACGACAGAUCUCUCCUGUCCGGCUCAAGGGUCUUCCAGAUGAUGUCAAGGCCACUCAAAACCCACUGGCGAACGUGACGGAGAAUCCGGACUGGGGUGAGAUGCCCCUCUGGGCCGACUUCUUUACCGAAUCCGUUCCCGUGAUGCUGCAUCACAACGCUCACGUCGACAAUCUGAAAGAGCGACGUAUUUUGUUGUGGGAUAAAAUCUGGAUCUUUCCGUACCUGCGAGAGCUUGUUACUCGCAGCCUGACGCCAAGGGAACUGGCUCCGUUGGGAACUGUGCAAACUGAGGGUGGCGAGAUCACGUACUGGGCGCCACCGUUGGACAGCGUGCGAAGAAAGCCGCGGGUGUUCUUCCACACGGUUUUGGAACCUAUGAUUGAGGGCAACUUCAACACUAUAUGUCGAUAUCCGGACGAGAAACCAGACGAGGGGCCGCACUGGUGGGACGAGGUUUUUCGGGACGGCAAGGGACCAAUCUAAACUGUAGAACAUGUAUAAUAUGAAUUGAUAACGCACACAAAUUUAUUUCAUGCUCAUUCGAUUGUAGCCUCAGUGGUGCCUUGUAUGAGUUACCCCUUUGGAUAGCCCUUAACAACUCAACAUUCGACUCUGCUAGAUCCCUUGUGCCAGUCAGCACCAUGGCAAGAUGUGCC